UAUUUUUGCCUCGUUGUCGUCGUCGUACACGCGAUAUACUAAGCAUCUGCAUCCGAUAAAGCGAUUCAGUUUCACGCGAACCGCGAGCCGGGACGGUCGUUUUUCUUGUCUUUUGUUCGGAUUGUUUUCGGAGUCAAGUUUCGGUGGUGCAUUCAUCUUUCGGCAUCCAGUACUUACACGCGUAGAUCCUGCUGCUACUGCUGCUGCUGCUGAGAAGAACCGAUCUCGAGUGUACGCGACCAAAAAAGUGAUAUUUCGCACCACAACCGCUGUCCAACAAGUGAUGCACGCGGAAAAAUGUCCGCAAUGAUGACGCCGAGGCUGCUGCUGCCGAUAUUAUCACUGCUCUUGAUCGGGGGAACCCACUCGAGCUACGGGCUGGCACCGUCGACGUUCGGCGAUGCCCUGGCCAGUGCCGGUCAGCUGUCCAACAAGCUGAAGGAAACAAUCGCAUGGAAAACGUUCGCCGGCAUCGCACGUGAAUCUGAUUCGCUCAACUCGCUGGUGCGAAUCAUCCCACGAACUACGAUGGGCUUUGUCCAGGAGGUGGUCAACUCCUUUCGGCAACGGGGACCACGUGCCAUUGUGCUGACCCGGAUGGGAGCGCUCGAGGGUCGCGUCCAGAAGGUUAAGGGAGGCGGCCGAGGAGAGAUUUUUGCCUUCAAGGGCAUCCGCUACGGACAACCUCCGGUGGGGAAGCUGCGUUUCAAAGCUUCUCUCCCGGCUCAGCCGUGGAAGGGAAUCAAGAGCGCCUUGCGGGAGGCAUCGGUUUGCCCCCACCGCAGUAUGAUCCUGGACAACUUCAAGGGAAGCGAAGAUUGCCUGUUUCUGAACGUGUACUCACCUGAUUUACCCAUUGGGGAUUUCAAUCCGAACUUACCGGUUAUGGUGUGGUUACACGGUGGAGCAUUCUCGUUCGGUUCAGGAAACUCCUUCCUAUAUGGGCCAGAUUAUCUGGUACCGGAAGGAAUCGUGCUGGUAACAUUCAACUACCGUUUGGGUCCACUUGGAUUUUUGAGUGUAGGUAAGGACGCUUCCGGAAACGCCGGUAUCAAAGAUCAAGUGCUGGCACUGAAGUGGGUACGGGACAACAUUGCCGCAUUCGGGGGAAAUCCCAAGGAUGUAACCAUCUUUGGACAAUCGGCUGGGUCGGUGUCCGUGCACCUGCUGAUGAUGUCCCCGUUGGCAAAGGGAUUGUUCCACAAGGCGAUCGCUCAAAGUGGAUCGGCCUUAAAUCCCUGGGCUAUAGCCAGAAAUCCCAAAGAGCGAGGUUUCCUCUUGGGGCAAGCGCUUGGCUGCUAUACAAACGAUACGGAUGAGUUACUGAGCUAUCUGAGGAAAGCUAGUCCACAAAAGAUCGUCAACGCUGCAUCUCAGACGAUCACGCAAGAAGACGUAAAACGAAGUAUAGGGUUGCCGUUCGUUCCAUCGAUCGAAAAUUGGACUGGCGAAGAUGCUUCGGAUGAGGAACCUUUGAUAUCCGAGGAUCCGAUAACAAUCAUGAAACGCGGGAAGUACAACAACGUACCGUUGAUCACCGGAUUCAACUCGGAUGAGGCAAUGCUUUUCAUUAGACGACUUCGGAAGGAUCCUAAUCUACUACAAAGCAUCGAUGGGGACUUCCAACGGAUGAUUCCACUCGAUUUACAUGUGCAGCGAGAUACGGAAAAAGGUGAACUGGUGGCGCAAGGCAUUCGAGAUUUCUAUCUGGGAGAUCAACGCAUAAACAAUGCUUCAAUUCAGAACAUGAUGGACAUGAUGUCUGAUAUUAUGUUUAUACAUGGCAUUACUGAUCUGGCACGGUUGAAUGCCGCUGCAUCCGGUGGCGACUCGACCUGGCUGUAUCGGUUCGCGUACGACGGUUCCCUGGGUAUCUAUAAGCGGAUACUGGGCAUCGACUGGCCCGGUGCUUGCCACGGUGACGAGCUGGGCUACAUGUUCCACUUUGGUGUGCUGAACAUUCGGCUCGACAAUUCUUCGACCGAGCUGCAAACCAUGAGCAAGAUGACCCGGUUAUGGACCAACUUCGCCAAGUAUGGCAACCCGACUCCGUACGGCGAGGAUGAUCCGCUGAUCGGCAUGCGCUGGCCCUGCGUCAUACCGCACACGAUGAAAGAGCUUCCCUAUCUGGAGGUUACGUCCACCCUGGCGGCCCGCUCGAAUCCCGAAGCGGAACGACUUCACUUCUGGGAUGAAAUCUACACAAAGUACAACGGCGGAAUAUUUUAGCCUGCCGCCCGACUAGAGCUCCCCAGAUAGAGGAUUUGUUUAGUGCGUUUAGUAGAGUAGAUCUAGGUUCAAAAGGUACUAUAAAAUCUCGCGUGUAGUGUCAUACAGGCAGUCAUUGCCGUAAAACAUCGAGAGAACAUAUUCCGAAAAGACUAUACGCGAGACAAUUGUCACACGUUUUUAGUAGCUCAAAGCCAUCCGAUGCACUAGGUCAUACUAGUGUUGUUAAAAUGCUUUUUAGGAGCCGCACCGUUGUUUUUUUUUUGUGGUUGCCCAGCCCAUGCCCAUAGGUCUCUUUAUUAUUAAAGGAACCUGAAUAGCUCAAUAAAUAACAUUUUCUAUUGUAAACUAGUUUUAAACACCUCAGAUAGUUCUAUAGUAUCUCUACUGUGUUGAUCAGUUUUGAAAGAGUAGGUUUAGGCGUUAUCCAAUUUGACUGACUGACUGACGAAAUCGUGAGGAAAAGUAGAUGUUUUGUAUGAAAAUCGAAAUACAAAAAGUUUAAUAUAUGUUUUACCAUUGAUAGUA